AUGAACCGAACACUAAAUGGUGGCCCCGGGCGAGUCGAUCUAGCGCAGCUGUCUGCCCAGUAUGAUUCGCCAAUGACCUCGCAACUACCUCUUCCUUCGCCAUCACUACCUAGACCCUUGUCGCAGAACCGCCCGGUGGUCGACCUUACGAGCGCCGAGUCGCAAGAUCGGGAACCGGUCCCGAAACGACCCAGGCUCGAUGUUCCCAGUGGCCCGAAUUCGAACGAGCCAGGCUCCACUGGGAAUGGCGGAGAAGCGAGGAGUACUCCUGGUAGUGCUGGGUCGCGGCCUCCUCCUUCGUGGCGUGGUCGACCGAUGUGGUCGUUCCAGGCUGUCAUGUCUGAACUGCCAACCGCUGAGAACCGAGGAGAGCAUGCGACGGGCGCGAAAUCGACUUCUCCUCCUCCACUCCCCACGCAAUCAUGGAACGUUGCGUUAUCUGAAGUAUCAGGAGAUGGGGUCUCCAAGUCCCGAGACCCCUCUCCGGAUAAAAAAGUUCAAACUACACCUUACCGCAUUGCGGUCCCUUCUGUGGCUCCGGUCCUUAAAGGUGACAAAGUCGCCGAUUUCACGCCGUGGACGGGAAAUCACCCGGAGGACGUCCUGAACGAAUCGACUGCCAAGCAAGGGUACUACGAUCGGACGCAGGUUUCCCAAAACGAAUCUAACACCGCCCGUCCCGCCUUAUAUACUCAGUUGAAACAUCGUACUGGCUUGCAGAUGCUAUCAACUGUCUUCGCCGCCGCACUGGAGAAACGAAGGAACCAUAAUACCGCAUGGCUGCGAGACCUCGCUAAUCCAGCUGUUUCCCUACGUCGACUGAGCAGGACCAUCCCGCAUGGCAUUCGAGGCAAGAUUCGUGCUUUCAAGCGCAAAGGAACAAGCGGUGCAUUGGCUGUGGGUUUAGAAGCAAAGUGGGUGCGUGAUUGGACCACCAGUGUUCAACAAUUUGUAGAGGGCGUAUUUGGUGCCCCCAAAGCUCCGGACUGGAAGACCAAGAUGACUUACGCAGUCGGACUGACUGCUCGCCUGUUCUUUGAAAACCUUCUGGAUCAUGAUCAUUUUCUUGAAUGGUUCUUGGCGUCAUUCGAAUCUGCUUCUUUGGCUACAGUUCCUGUCUGGCUUUUGAUGCUUGGAAUCUACUGGAACAACCUUCUGCGGUACCGCAAACGGGGCCGGAGACUGGCCGAGCUUCUGCUCGACAAACUGUCGAAGGCCACGGAAACCAAGUUGCAGGCCCUGCAGCCGCUAAUUGAUCGCUUAAGCCGUUUUGUCAACAAGCUGGUCUACGAACAUACUUCAUCGAUGAUUCUACCAAAUUCAUGGAAUAAGUAUAAAGCGCAAAUCUCUUCGUGCAUGAACUUAGCACACCAUGUGGAUCGUGCCUUAUUUCAAUCGCUCCUAGAACGCAAUGCACGAAUCCAACGACCUGCUAAUUCCAAACAAGAAACAAAACGGACUCCCAAUCAACGCCUCAUUCGCCUUCUUGACUCAGUUCGCUCUGCGCAGGACAUCUCAACAGUGUCUGAGGCCUGUUUAGAUACACUGGAAGAUCGGGCUGUUCUCAUUUCAAAACUCAUGGAAUGGAUUGCGACCCCGUUCCGAUAUGGCAUUUGCCGAGUUUACGUUGGCGUUCGUCUUUUACGAAAAUGGAAGGGGAGUGGGAUCGAUGUCGACGAUCAUAUACUCAGUUUCCUCAGCCGAAUGGGGGGGAAAAGGCUAAACUUGAACAACAUAUACCAUGCUAUAUCUGAGCUUGUCAGGUCACAGACAUUCUCAGUCGGUCGAUACCUCCAAUGGCUCAUGGCCAAAGGCUCGGCGAAUCAUUCGUCCGAUGAGAAGUUAUCCCUGCAUGACCUGCCAGGUGAUAUCGGUUUGAUCGCCCAACUUCCGGUCGGCAGGCUUCCAGAACACGUCAGGAACUUGCGCAAUACGUUGUUGGUCCGAACGGGCUUACAGCCAUCCGUCGAAAAUUCCACAAUCGCCAGCGUGAAACAGUUGAUCAGUCAGCGGCUCCCCGAAAUCUUCGGCGGCGAGGUUUAUGCAGAAUCGCCUCUAGGCUCGCUGACAGAUGACUUGAGCUGGGCGAUUAAAGCCGAGAUUGGCCAGUGGUUACGUCGAGGCGUUGCUGACCAUUUCCGUGAUGCGUCAAGUUCAAGCAUUCGCCCUGCACCUCCUUGCGAUAUACUUCCACUAGUAUCGGCACUGACGCCCGACGAGUUUUAUAGUGUUCGCGAGAUCUUGGAAACAUUCGGCGACAUUUCUAUGUUGGCGGAUGUAUUGCGGUGCGCCUCAAGCUCUGAUGACAGCACUGUUCUUGCUUCGGUGGCCGACACCACUAAUCGCCAUUUCGAGUCGCUUUGCGUGAUUGGAGCCACUCCAGAUCUGUUUCGAAGACUCGUGGAUGCCUAUGCUGGCAUCAAGAGGUUCGCUCCGCCGAGUCUCGAUCUAAUGUUCUCGUUGAUCGAACUGGGUCUACGCAUCCCAAACGAACUGAAUUCUGUUAUCAUUCUCCGCCAAGAUCUUUCCCGCAUGGAGAACAAGACCGUCCUCGCAGCGUCCUCACCGGUCUCCGACCACAUCCCUGACUCUUUCAAUGAUGCGGACCCCAUGUUCCGCGAAAAACUGGACCAACUCCUGCUUCCUGGAACCGUCAUGGAUGAGCCCACCUUGGACACCAUCUUCUCUACUUUGACGAAGCAUCUGGAGUCUGGCUGUGGACAAGUGAAGCUAUCUGCCAACGAUACAUGUCUGUAUUUGGCGCAGUUGCGAUCUUUCCAGCCCAAACAUUUCGAUGGGGCUUUGGCUCGAUGGGUCUGCGCGCAUCUACGGUCUCCCGAUCGAAGUAUCUUGUUUAGUGUCCUUCCCUCUCUCAUCGGGGUUGGAUGUGUCACCAUCAGAUCGUUCCUAUCACUACUCAAACGACUGAGCCACUCUUCAAUCCCACUUCCUAACGCAGCAAGCAUCCCCGCAGACUUGUUAGGGCUUCUUGUGCCUCGGGAAAACGCCACUAGGUAUCUUGAUCUGGUUUCUUAUCGAUUUCAAUUGGCACAACAAGAGUUUCUGUCCAAGAACACGGACGAAAUUCUCGAGAUCAUAUGCAAUUCUGCAUCGGGCCUUAGCUCUGAAAGACAGAGCCCCCUGGAGGAUUCUAUGAUCAUGCUGUUGCGCGAAUUACUUGUGCGAAAUCCGGCAUGUACUGGCCAAAGCUACAUGAAAAAGCUUGUCAGUCAACACCCCGUAGCCACGAAAGCUCUACAGAAGGCUCUCGAUGACUUGCUCGGUUUUGAUUCGCAAGAGGACAAUUCGAUCAUGCUGGAGGUCGAGAAGCUGGCUAGCACUACGGAUGACUUUUCACUCCCAUUCUGCCAGUUGAAACUGCAAGUUCUCUUCCGGAGCGAGACUACGGGUAACGAGCAAACCAACAUUGUGGAUGCAAUGUUCAAGACUGUUGUGGCCGAUUCACGGGUACACAGGCUCCACUGGGUAGAUCUCGUUGCUCUCAUGAGUCCAGAGUCCGUCUGCCAGAUUCGAGAACGAGCUGAAAGGGAGCUCUUUGCCAUCCCUCUGCUUGAAGAUUCUAACCCGAUCAAUGGCCUUUCAACGGGCAGCAUUGAGUCUUUAGAAUCUGCGAAAGUUUACCUGUCUAUCAUCGAGGAGCUCGCGGGUACAGUCCAUCACCCAGGGACGUCGUCCAUUGCUCCAGUCCUCGUUGAAAAGAUGGAAGCUUUGCUUCACAAGAUCAUCACAGCACAAGCUAGCGUCAAGCAAGCUGGCGACACAAAGGCUGGAUCUACACCCACAACAGGGCGAACAUACUUUGAGCGGUCUCUCGCGUUCUGGUUUUCAGCCCUCUUGCGAAUGGUUGUCCUUCAUCGCGCGUCCUUCACACAAACCUCGCCGAAUUUGAAGGCCCCUUCUGCCCAGGAGCAGUCCCGCUUGUUGAUCUGUAUCCUCUGUAUUGCACUGUCCCGCCUCCCGGGUGACCUGUUACGGCUGUUCCCAGGUGCCGACUACUUCCCUCACCCAGGAACCUCGGAGCCCUACCACCCUUGUCCAGGCAUCCUGCUGCAGACACAUGCUCUCGAUGUUGCCGCCUCGCUCAUCGACGUCUUUCCAGACGAAAUUCGCCAUCAUUGCUGCCGCUUCCUGAAGGAGAAGUGCCCUCCCUUCGCGCCGCUCCAAAACGAUUCUCGUUUCCUUUAUCUCCUCGGCCCAACCGUCGAUGCUUACUCCCAUGGCCUCCUUCAGUCUGCCGCAGCUUCAUCCCCAGCUGCAUCAGGCUCCACUUCCACCCCUGCCCCUGCCCCCACAAACAUCCCUGCUUCGAACCCAUCCUCCCAAGCUGCCUUUAUCCCCGCAGCCGGCACCGCCAGUUCCACCGAAAACCCCGACUGUGUAACCAGCCGCCUCCGUCUCCAGCACCGCGGCCGAAUCGUCGGUCCCUACCCGAUCCGCGCAUGGGAACUCUUGGAAGACGCUGCGCCCUUCGUCGGAGCAAACGACACUGCCGUGAACCUGGGCUACUUCGAUGCCCGGCGCGUGCGCGUGUGA